AUGUCCUCUUCAAAGGCGUUAACCCCGUUGAGUGCUGCUAAAGCUCAGCUUCGCAAAGAGAUCGCCGCUAAACUCUCAAAACUCCCCGAGGAAGAAAUUGCCCGCCAGAGCCGUUCGGUAUUUUUGGCGCUCGUCAAAAAGCCGGAAUUCGUAGCGGCGCGUAGGGUUUCGGUGUAUGUGAACACCGCAAACGAGAUAGUUAGCGAUGAGAUCAUUCAAAAAUGUUUGCAAGACGGGAAAGAUAUCUUUAUCCCACAUUUUAUACGAAAAUGCCCGACGAUGCGCAUGUUGCGGCUGAAGGAUUUAGCAGAAUUUCAGAAUCUCGACGCUACGCUAUGGAAUAUUAGACAACACCCACAAAAUAGCGAGGCAGAGGAAUACAUCGAGACAGGAGCCCUCGAUCUCGUGCUCACUCCCGGGGUGGCUUUUACAAAAUAUGGACACCGAUUAGGCCAUGGAAUGGGCUACUACGACCGCUGGCUAUCUGAUCAUGAACAGCGUUUUGGGAAGCAACCUGUUAAGAUUGGGUUGGCCCUAAAUGAGCAGGUGAUUGACUCGGUGCCAGUAGAUGAGACCGACGUGCCGCUGGAUUUUGUGCUCCAUGAAGCCGGGAUAUCA